AUGGACAUGGUGGCCGAAGCCGAUGAGGUCGCCAGCGUCCAGACUGCAUGGAAAAGGACGAAUCGAAGCAUCGUGAAUGAAGUACUCGCUGCGUUGCUUGUUGAUGUGGACGUUUGUGAAAUCUGCUGUGGAGGCAGGAGCUCAAUUGAGUUGUGA